AUGGACAGAUCUAUGGCUCAAGCAUUGACGGGUCUCAUCCCCACCCUGACUGGUCCUCUACCGCCGGAGCUCCUGGAGCUUGCAGUCGCUCUACUCGCGCAAUCACGCAGCAAAGCAAGCAGUCUGAAGGCGGACGAGGAAAUCGCAAGGUCCUACGCCUGCGCUAAUCUGGCUUGCGAAAGACUCAAGCAAUCCCUAGCUCUACCAAAGAUCGAACCUCGCCCACCAUGCCCCCCGAAGGUGUACCAGAAGCUCUACAGAUACCUUGACAGCGCCCUACCGGCAGGAACAAGACGGACUGCCCGACCCUCGAGACACAAUACUUCUACCUUGACACCACAGUCUUCGCCAGCCAAGCCCAGAACCUCAGCAAAGGCAACGCCCCUCAGACCAGACACGCGGCAGAAGAAGACACCCUGUAGGCAAUCAACCUCCGCUGCUGAAGCUCCAGCAUGGGUAAUGCCUGUCAUACGCCAGCUCUGCAAUAAGAUGGGAGCUCCCGCUGCUCCACAUCACAUCUUCGCCGGCAUUUCCUCUAUACUAGCCUCCCAAGAGCAGCAUAGCGCGGUCAAACUACCAGCAUUGAUAGUCGCGGUUUACAUCCUCGUAACGACACGCUUAGCUGGUACCGAGACCGCACCUAAAGAAUACCAAAACCGGAGAACCCAUGCGUUAGAGAUCAUAAACAAUGCUGCUAGGAAGAAUGAAUCUUAUAUGGAGGCCGGGAAUGUUGAUAUUGACAACUGUAUGCGUGAAGUCAAGGACCAGAAGUGGACCCGGAUGGACUGGUUUGAGAACAUCACCCCGGGGUCCGGUGUCGGCUUGGAUCAAGGAGCGGAAGAUGAUGUAGAGGACGGACCUGGCGAUUACGAAGCGGAUGAAGGAGGCCUUUUGCCUGUGACAAGGAGAACUAUUGGCAGACGAGACUCGCUGGAACAGGACUAUCUCCAAGCAGGUUUAGGCACGAUGAUGCGAGAUCAGGUAGACUAUCUCAGUGAUGACAGAAGACGUGAGUACCAGGUGUGGAAGAAGGACAUCUUGAUUCGGAUCGAAGAGCUAGAAAACAGCCAAGAAAUGGAUGUUGGGCCAGACUGA